AUGGACCCGGCUGCUCAGGCUGCGGCUGAAGCCACUGAGGAGGCGGGCCGCCAGUCCACGAUCGAGACAUGGACGCUCUAUGUGAUCGGCGUUGUCGUGACAAUCCUGAGGACUUACGCCAGAGCGAACGCCGUGGGCUUUCGGGAUUUCCGGGCUGACGAUUAUCUAGUGUGGGUUGCUAUCCUGUUCUACACCGUUCAGUCUACUUUGGCAUACAGCGUUGGCAGCGUCGCCCACGGCCUUGCCAACAAUGGCAUGCCUGAUGAGAAACGGGCGGCUUUGUCUCCCAACGAUCCAGAGUUUGAGUUGAGAAUCAUCGGCUCCAAGAUUCAAGUUGCCGGAUGGGCGACCUACUCUGCGCUCAUCUGGCUUCUAAAGCUGGCGAUGUUGGUCUUCUACCUACGCCUUACUGUGAGGAAUUGCCCGCCCCCCGCAUCAUCCUAUGCUCUAGCGCAACUGACGCUCCGGCAGCAAGGUUUGGGUCGACGAUACCGCAUCCGCAUAUGGAUUGGCUUCGGCCUCGUUCUUGCAACCUUUCUCGGCUCUAUCUGUGCUAUCUUCCUAGCUUGUAUCCCAUUCCACAAGUACUGGCAGAUCAGCCCAGAUCCUGGAAAUUCCUGCCAAGCCGCUGUCUCGUUGCCCAUCGUCUGGACGUCCUUUGCCGCAAACGUCUCCACCGACAUCUACUUGAUAUUGAUCCCCAUUCCUCUGUUAUGGGAGUCAACUCUACGCCUGGCCAAGAAGAUUGCGUCGACUGUCGUGCUAGGGGCCGGUAUUUUCGUCUUGGUCUGUGCGACCCUGAAGAGCGUUUUUGUUCUUGUGGACCCUGUCAACGGUGCCGAGCUUGCGGGAAAGUGGGGGACACGAGAGACCUUCGUUGCGGUAGUCACGACGAACCUUCCCAUGAUCUUCCCGCUUAUCAGAACGUGGAUGAAGUCCCUCUGGCCCAGCAUCUUAUACUACUCCAAGAAUUAUAAGAAGGCCUAUAAGACAUCGACCGGCCUCCGAACCACCGGCCGCGGAAGCGGGGACUCCCGAAGUCAAGAUCGUCGGACUGGCAACUCGCGGGUCCACACUGUUUCCUCCAACCCGAUCUUCACUGAAAGCGAAGAGCAGAUCAUUAUGAAUUACAGGUUACAAAACCUCAAAAGCCCUCUUUCCGCACUUCAUAGGAAACAACAGCCGAAAGGGAUAGUAGUAUCUAACGAGUUCGGGAUAGUCACCGAGGAUAGAACGUGUCAUAUAGGUCCAAAGCGCCCUGAGCGUGUGUAUGAAGCUUGGUAG